AUGGCUGCCGAAUCCAAGGACAGUGAUGUUACCGAGAAAAAUGACGAAAUUGCGAAUGGAGUCAACAGACAGAAGCAAAAUGACGAUCUGUUAGUUCAGAAAACGCUCCGCAAAGGCAAAAGAGUUCGGACGAAGGACGACAAAGAUAUCAUCUUUAUAGAUACAGAUAGACUUCCGAAGAGAGAACAUUUCAAAAAUAAGAAGGAAUUCAAACAGGCGGUGAGAGAAUUCAUCUCAUACCUUGAAGCUUUUAUCCUCACGUACGUGGACACGCAUCACUUUUUGAUUGUCGUUCAUGGCGGCAGUGAAAAAUGCGCCAUCAAGGAUGAGCUGAGACGAAAAAUUUAUAACAAACUAAAGACCGGUUUCCUGGAUCGCUUGUCUAAAUGCAUCAUCUUCAAACCACAAAGGAAACUGAAGGCACUUGCUCUUUUCCUCCGUCCAUUUCUCAAUAGAGAAAUGAAGCAAAAGAUUGCUAUGACAACGUCCAAAAGGUACCUUCAUGAUAUCCAAGGUAUACCGGAUUUUGUCACCAAACACCUUUAA